UAUAUUCCUCUGGCAUUUUUUGCAAGAAUUCGCCGGAGUUUGACGACCUGUUUGGUUUCGCGGUGAAUGAUGUCUUGGAGGAAGUCCAGAGAGGACAGAGACUGGUAAAGCCCCCUGAAGGCGGCGCUGACUGCACAGGCUGAAUCCACUGAGUGCAUGCUGGGUUUUGACGUGGACCGCGCCGCUGUCUUCCUUUAGAAAUGUCCCCACUGUAGGAAGAGAGGCGCCACUGCAGGCUGUGAAAUCAAAAAGUGCAAGAAGUCCUUCCAUUACCCCUGUGCUGUUGAGCAUGGAGCUAAGGUUGUUGAGGAUCAAGUAGAUGGCAAAUAUGGGAUAUACUGCCCAAGUCACAGUGAGUUGGAGAAGAAGAAGAAGUGAAUCUCUCCCAAGUGAAGCGUAAAAGUUUAAGAAUAAUGACAGAUGAUUCCUCGGAGUCAGGUGAUGGACUCAUCGCACCAGUCGGAUCGGAUGAAAGCCUAAACUCUUCUCCAGAGCAGCAGUCACGUGUGCCGCAGCCCUCCAGCAGCGAGCCACAGAAGUCGUCGUCUGUUGAAACAGAAGAUCGCGUUGAUAAAGAAGGAUGUGAUGAAGACGAUGAUAAAACCAUAUCGGAUGCCGAGUCAGAGAGUUUGCUGAACCAUGCGAGGGCUUCCUGCAGCCGUCAGUCCAGCUCAGAAACAAAUGAAGCCGCUGAAAACGCCAGAUUCAGCGUGGCGGUUCAGACCAUCAAGAAGGAAUGUGAGGAGUUCAGUAUCCAGGCCAACCAUUUUCCUGAAGAAGAGGACGUCAACGGCUCCUUCCUGCAGGAGAGCUGCACUGAGCACGCUCCAUCUCCACGUCACUCCAGUCCUAAGCGCUCUUCCGGCGCCGACCUGACCGUUAACCUGAAUGGGGUGGCUCCGUCUGAACCCAUGAAUGUGACCGUCGACAUCUAUUCGGCCCCUUCCCCUCCUUUGUUUCCACCGCCCCCCCAUGAGGAUCCUGCAAACGACUCAGCCGGCUUUUGGAGAAAAUGCAACGCGGCCAAAUGCACGCAGGUCCUCUUCAGUGACUUCAUCAGAUGGAUAACCAUUCUCUCCAGGAGAAUUCAGGCGGAUGAGGCCAGUCAGGAGGAUUAUGAGCGUGCCCUGUCAGUGAUGAAGGCUUCAGGUCAGCUGGAGAACAUCGUUGUCGCUCAGCAAAAAGACUUACAAAGACGGCUAACAGAGCUGCAAACAGCAGCUGCAGCCAUGGAGGAGGUGGUUUCAGCUCUGAGAUGAGGCCAUCAGCUGCAGUCUUCUUCUUCUUUGCCUGUCAGCUGCUCCCUUUAGGGGGUUGCCACAGCCAAUCAACUGCCUCCUUCCAACCCUCUCUUCUGCAUCCUUCUGGCUAACACCAACAACUCAUCUCCUUCAUCAAACCUCCUCUUUGGUCUUCCUCCAUGCCUUCUACGGCUAAAAGCAGCAGUCAUCUUUCAGGUCUCCAGGAGAAAAUGCAUGAUAAUUGGCGCUACAGAUAGACUGCCACUGGUGUGAAAGUAAAAAAAAAUGAAAAUGGACACAAAAUUUGUCACAACUGCCUUGCAAACUUGAAAUUUUAAGAUUGUAGACAACCGGGUGAGCCCGUAGAGCAGCUUAUGGCCACUUGAGUAACACCUGCACACCUGGUGCGUGCAGCAUUUGUUCAGUAAGGACAGGCACCUUACGAAUGACUGGAGUGCGCCAUCAUUUGUGCAUGCAACUUGCAUUGUCCAUACAAAUACAUCACGAUACACUUACCACACGCAUGACAAUCAUACUUUCUACUUUCAUGAUGCCUCUUAACCCUUGUGCUAUCCUAUGACCCCACUCUUCCAUUGACGUGUUCUCCCUACCAUGACAAAGGUGGAUAAAGGUGGAAAGAUUUCAUGUAAUCCAU